GAUCUAUCCUUCGAAGAAGGUGCUUGUAUUGGGAUUCCAUACUGCACAGCAUACAGAGCCCUUUUUAUUCUUGGCAAACUCCAGAAAGGACAGCAAGUACUAGUGCAUGGCGCCUCCGGAGGAGUGGGAUUGGCAGCGGUGCAAAUGGCUGCCGAUUACGGGGCUACUGUAGUAGGUACCGCUGGUACAGACGAGGGUAUGGAUUUGGUCGAGCAAAACGGUGCCACCGAUGUCUUCAAUCAUAAGUCAAAAGGAUAUUGCAAUGAUAUAAAGAAGAAAUAUCCUGAAGGUUUCGAUCUGAUCGUUGAAAUGGCCGCCCAUGUCAAUUUGAAGCAUGACUUGGACCUUCUAGCUCGAAAAGGAAAGGUUGCAAUUGUGGGAAGUCGCGGUGAAAUCAAAAUCGAUCCGAGGGCCUUCAUGAUGAAAGAGACUUCCGUAUUCGGGUUAGCGCUGGCGAACUCAACACCGGCUGAUUGGGAAGAGUCAUCGUCACACAUCUACGAGCUACUGAGCUCUACUCAAUAUCGACCCAUCAUUGAGCGAGUUUAUCCGUUGAUGAGAUUAGUACAGCUCACAAAGAUGUCAUGUCUCCUAGAGGAACACGGAAAAUUGUAG